GUUGUAGUCACAUUCCUCCAAAGAGCCUCUUGAUGCGCACCAACACUGCCCCCAAGAGGUCAGAGCGGGAGUUGCAGUCAUAGGUUAAAACCCGGCGGAAGUACUGUGACGUCAUAUCCUGCAGGCUCCCGAUGCACUGAGUUAUAUUUCCAACCGCUCCUUGUGAAGGGGAAGGAAACAUGUCAGGUGCCGGGGGAGGGAAACGUCCCCCAGGAGGGGACAGCCCCCCGGGCCCACCUGAGAAGAAGAGCAAGAAGGAGGAGAAGACCACCACCACCCUCAUGGAGCCCAUCCGCAUCGCUGGCGUCUCGUCGACGGAGGAAAUGGACAUGAAGGUCCUCCAGUUCAAGAACAAGAAGCUGUGCGAGCGCUUGGAGCAGCGGCAGACGCUGGAGGACGAGUUACGAGAGAAGAUUGAGAAGCUGGAGAAGAGACAAGCCACUGAUGACACCACCCUGCUGAUUGUCAACCGCUACUGGUCCAAGUUGGACGAGAACGUUCACGUUCUACGCAAACGCAUCCAGCCGGACGCUCCUGUGACGCCAGCCCCGCCCCCCCGCCCUGAACCCACGCCGCUGAAGGAAGAUGCUGUCGACCUGGCCUCACCAACUCCUGCUGGGCCUCCACCCCCAGAGGGCCAGCGUGAGGGGGAGCGUCAGGAGCAGAAGCAGCCACCUCUUCCUGCUGGGCCAGAAGAGGUGUUGACCCCCACAGAGCCGCCACAGGACCCCACAACAGACGCGCCCCUGAGUGACACUGCAAAGGGCUUCCUGGCUACGCUGGAGCACAGCAACGAGGAGGAGCUCGCGCUGCACUUACAGGACCGCAUGCAGUUCAGCAAGGAAGCCAUCGCCUGCCUGGUGUGCGUCUUUGAUCGUCUGCACAGCCGCAGUGACAACAUGUGCCAGCAGGUCCAGGCUGGAGCACGUGAGGACGAAAGCCAGUCGGACGACGUCGGCGUGAACGACGCUCUGCUGGACGAGAACACUCGACUGCGAGACCUGGCGACUCUGCUGCAGGGCCGGCACCACAAGAUGUCCAUGGAGUACAACGAGCUGGUGGACAAGGUGACCGGCUCCGAGACCAAAGUGUCCGAGAUGGAAACGACCGUGGAGGACCUGCAGUGGGACAUCGAGAAACUCCGCAACAGAGAACAGAAGCUCAACAAACAUCUGUCAGAAGCCAUGGAGCAGCUCAAGUCUGGAUACAGCAGCGGAGGCAGCUCAGGUGGACUUCCUGGAGGCCAGAUUACACUCAACAUUGAGAAGUUUGAGAGUCUCAAUGCAGAGCUAGAGCACAACCAGGAGUUGGCUAAUAACCGCAUGGCCGAGUUGGAGAAGCUGCAGGUGGAGCUGCAGGAGGCUGUGAGGGAGAGUGAGAAGCUCAAGAUGGACUUGCGGAAUAUUCCAGAAGAUGUUGUGAAGGAGACUCUAGAGUAUAAAUGUCUACAGUCCCAAUUCUCGCUGCUGUACAAUGAGUCCCUUGGGGUGAAAACCCAGCUGGAUGAGGCGCGGGCCCUCCUCCUCACGGCCAAGAACGCCCACCUCCGACAGAUUGAGCACAUGGAGAGCGACGAGCUGUCCCUUCAGAAGAAGCUGCGGACCGAGGUCAUCCAGCUGGAAGAUACCCUGGCCCAGGUGCGCAAAGAGUAUGAGAUGCUGCGCAUCGAGUUCGAGCAGAACCUGGCGGCCAACGAGCAAGCAGGACCAAUCAACAGAGAGAUGCGACACCUCAUCAGCAGCCUGCAGAACCACAACCUGCAGCUGAAAGGUGACGUGCAGCGCUACAAGAGGAAGUUGCGGGAAACGCAGAUGGAGAUCAAUAAGUUGCGUUGUCAAAGUGGCGACACAUGGGUUCUUAUCGGAGAGGAGACGACGAGUGAGCGCAUUGACGUGAAGAAAGAGGAGAAUGAGGACCAAGAGGAAGAGGAGGAGAGGAGGAAGGAACUGGAGAGACAGCGGGCGAGAGAGAGAGAGAGGGAGACCGACCGACAACGGGAGCGCGAGAGAGAGAGGCAGCGCAGCGACGAGCUGAAGAGGAAGGACUCUGACACGCUGAAGAUGCUCAGAGUGGAGCUCAAGAAGGCCCAGGAGUCCCAGAAGGAGAUGAAGCUCCUGCUCGACAUGUACAAGUCGGCUCCGAAGGAGCAGAGGGACAAGGUGCAGCUCAUGGCCGCCGAACGCAAAUCUAAAGCCGAGGUGGAUGAGUUGAGGAUGCGAGUGCGCGAGCUGGAGGAGAGGGAGAGGAAGGAGAGCAAGAAGCUGGCUGACGAAGAUGCCCUGAGGAAGAUCCGAGUGGCCGAGGAGACCAUCGAGCACCUGCAGAAGAAACUCGCUGCCACCAAGCAGGAGGAAGCCCUGCUCAGCGAGAUGGAUGUCACGGGCCAGGCCUUCGAGGACAUGCAGGAGCAGAACAGCCGCUUGCUGCAGCAGCUGCGGGAGAAGGACGACGCCAACUUCAAGCUGAUGAGCGAGCGGAUCAAAUCCAACCAGAUCUACAAGCUGCUGAAGGAGGAGAAGGAGGAGCUGGCGGACCAGGUCCUCACCUUCAAAACCCAGGUCGACGCCCAGCUGCUGGUUGUGCAGACGCUCGAGGAAAAAGAGGGCGUCCUCCAGAGCACGCUCGCCGCUCUGGAGAAAGAGCUGGCGGUCCGGACACAAGUGCUGGAACUCAACAAGAGGAAGGCGGUGGAGGCCGCCCAGCUGGCUGAGGACCUGAAGGUGCAGCUGGAGCACACGCAGGCCAAGCUGAAGGAGAUCCAGGUCUCCGUGGCCGAGAACCGGACCGCCCGGGAGAGGGAGAGCAACAACCUGAAGCGAGCGCAGGAAGACCUGUCGAGGCUGAGACGGAAGCUGGAGAAACAGAAGAAGGUGGAGGUGUACUCGGACGCUGACGAGAUCCUGCAGGAGGAGAUCAACCAGUACAAGGCCAAGCUGCGCUGCCCCUGCUGCAACACCCGGGACAAGGAGACGGUGCUCACCAAGUGUUUCCACGUCUUCUGUUACGAGUGUCUGAAGAUGCGCUACGACACCCGGCAGAGGAAGUGCCCCAAGUGCAACUGCGCCUUCGGAGCCAACGACUUUCACCGCAUCUACAUCGCCUAGGAGACGAGAGGAGGGACAAAAGGAAGUGGAGAUGUAUUCAAAGAGGCUGGGAGAUGUGGGCUCCCGGUUCAUCUCUUUGGAAAGACUUGUUGUUCCACGUCGCUGGAGACCAACGUCUGAAUGAGUGUGGUGGAUAGUUAAUAAACACCGUGGUAGUCUAACAUGUGGAGCUGACACAGCCUCUCUUUAAACAAACCUUUUUUAAAGAUAUUUGUCUUUUUUUAUAAUGUAUUGAAAACGUGGAUCUCAAUGAAGCGUUUCAUGGAAUUGUUUUGUUUUCUGGAAUGUCGUAACGGCCGUGAAGCUGAACUUUACAUCUCCAAAUGAAAAGAAGCUCAAACUAAAUAUGCUUCUCAUAUAUAAAGCGCAGCAGCCAGAGAUGUGUAACUUCCUCGGUUAAGCUAUAGCAGUAACGAUGCCGGGGAGACGUCAGCACAUACAGCCGUGUGUGUCCUGUUGCCAUGGUUCCUAGUAGAGUUUGACACAACAUCUGCAGCUCAUCGCCUCAUUAGAUGAACUCACUGCAGUGGAAAGCGGCUCCAGGUCUCUCCUGAAGGUCAGCCGUGACGGCCGAGCACUAAAACAUCUGGUUCACAACAUGCUGGUUCCUCGUGGAGCCAAUGAAGUCUCUCCUGAUCGCUGGCGUCUGGUUGGCGUUAGUUUGUGGGAGAAGACGGUGAAACACACAGCGACUCCUCAGAGGAUCUGGAGGGUCGUCAGGCGUUUGGGAAAGUUGGUAAGAUUCCUUCAAGAUUUGGCAGAAAUAAUAGGUUGAUAGGUAGUUUAUACAUUAGCAGUGGUUGUUUACUCAUGAAUAUGCAUAACCUGUCAUAAAUAAAGAAGUAGUUUUGA